UAAAAGUUAACAAUAUCUAUAUAUUAAGUGUAUUUGUUAUAUAACUGAAGAAAUAAAACUCAUUCAGCAUAAAAAAUGGCUUUGCCUCCAAAUUAUAAGCAAGUGGCAAUGGCUACAUCAAAUAUUGUUGCAUCUAAUCAACGACUUAGAGCAUCUGGUGGAAGUAGUAGUAGUUCAACUAAUAGUAAAGAUGCACAAAGCCCAUUUAUUCAAACACCUCAUAGUCAUCCAGGAUUUACACCACAAAAAGUUGGAAAGAAUACAAGUGCUGAUUCUCGCAUGCCAAAACCACCUAAGCCACCGGAAAAACCUCUUAUGCCUUAUAUGAGAUACAGUAGGAAAGUUUGGGAUCAAGUAAAAGCUCAAAACCCAGAAUUGAAGUUAUGGGAAAUAGGAAAAAUUAUUGGACAAAUGUGGCGAGAUUUGCCAGAGGAAGACAAAACAGAAUUCAUUGAAGAAUACGAAACAGAAAAGGUUGAAUAUGAGAAAAGUCUAAAAACUUAUCACAAUUCACCUGCAUAUUUAGCUUACAUUGCAGCUAAAAAUAGGGGAAAAUCUGCGUUAUGCGCGGCUCAACAAAGUAAUGAUGAUCGAGAAAGUCAUGAACGUUCGUCAGGCAGUACUAAAGGACAAGCAGCUCAAGAUAGAAGAAUAGACAUUUUGCCUGCAGAAGAUGAUGAUGACCAAGAUGAUGGAUAUUCUGUAAAACACGUCGCAUAUUCCCGAUAUACUCGAAAUCAUCGUCUUAUUAAUGAAAUAUUUAGCGAUACCGUUGUUCCUGAUGUUCGCUCCGUUGUUACUACACAACGAAUGCAAGUACUACGCCGCCAAGUACAAUCUUUAACAAUGCAUCAGAAAAAACUAGAAGCAGAAUUGCAACAAAUAGAAGAAAAAUUUGAAGCAAAAAAACGUAAAUUUAUUGAAACAAGUGAAAUAUUUCAAGAAGAAUUGAAAAAACACUGUAAACCAGCUGUAGAUGAAGAAGCGUUAAAUAAAAUGGUAGAACGGCAAUAUGAGGCACUUAGACGAGAUAGAUUGAAAGGUGCAGAAGAAAAUCGUUCAGAUGGACCUGCAUCUAGUGAAUCCACUCCAAAUUCUACACCUACUCCAACUCCUGCUCCUAUUAAUGAUGAAACUCCAUCUGAUGUUCCUGAUAAUGAUGCGAUAGAUAAGAAGACAAAUGGAUCUGAUAAAUCUAGUAAUGAAAUUAAGAAAGAAACAUCUUCACCAUCGUAUACCGAAAAUAAACCAGAACCUCCAUCAGCUCAAGGAAAUUCUAAUCAACAUACAUCCAGUUCUGGAAUGUAUUGUGGAACUAUUAGUCCAAUACAACAACAGCAACAACAAACGCCACCGUUGCCACCACCACCACCACCACCAUCGCAACAGCAACAACAAUCUCCAUCACAGCCACAAUCGCAACAGCAAGCACCACCAACACAACAUCAACAGUCACCAUCUCAGUCACAUCAACAGCAUCAACAACAACAACAACAGCAGCAACAACCACCACCACCAACUCAACAAUCACAACCAUCUUUACAACCACAGCAACCUACUACUACAACAGCAGUUGCUGUAGCUGCUAAUACAAGUACACCUGCAAGUGCAAAUGCAACUACGCCGACUAUGCCUCCCGUUUCUUCGCCGGCACCUCCUAUACAACAUAAUCCUCAUCAACAAGGAAUGUUAACUAAUCAUUCAAUACCAUCUCAUCAAGGAACACAAGGAACCCAGGGAACACAGGUGCUUCCACCUCAGGGACAAGUUUCUAAUCCACAUACUUCUCAGAUGAUUUCACCAAACCAAAGCUACAAUCAGCAAUAUCAACCAGGACCUACUCAACAGGCUCAAAAUGUUCCAUUAGCUCCAAGACCUCCACAUCCAUCUUAUGCUUACUCUCAACAACAACCAUAUCAUCAACCAUAUCCUCAAUAUCCACAUCCAUAUUAUCAUCAACCAUAUUCACAAUAUUCACCACAUACAAUGGGCCGCCCUCAUAGCCAUGGUCCGCAUAGUCCACACAGUCCUCAUUAUCAUCCACAAUCUCCUCAUGCUGUUGGAGAGAAUACUACUAAUAACAGUGUACCUAGUUCAAACACUGCUUCUACACCAACUUCUGAUGCUAGUAAUUCAUCUUAUUCUCCAGCAUCAGGACAUUGUGAAAAUGAACGUUCUGUUUCUUCAGAGAAUCAAGAAGGCCAACCAGAUAUUAAAUCAGGAUCUGGUUAA